AUGACUCAGAUAUCUUCGUGUUAUCCUGGCCGUUACCUUCCUCACCACAAUCGUGAUGUCGCUGAGUGUCAUCCAUUUACCCAUUAUUGGCAGGUUGUUCCAGAUACUGGUCCAAAAUGCCGUCAAGGCUACGCCCAACUCUUCACAGCCGGCAUUCUCAACAUUUCUACAAAUGUGGCAUUGAUCGUGUUUCCUAUUCCAAUGAUUUUGAAGUCAAAUCUGUCAACACAUCUCAAAUUGAGCGUCAUUUUACGUCUAGCUCUAGCUCUCCCAGUUUUAUGUAUCUUCGCAACAAUCGACCAGCUACAUAAAGCGGUGGCCAAAGUCGACAUCCUCCUCGCAACCUUGAUCUCCAGUGCCUCGGUAACUGGCUCACUCCUGCAAGACAAAGGGUACAAGAAAACGAAAUAUAAACCUCCAGUGUACCGCGACAUUCCCUCUAAUGCUCCCUCUACACGCUAUACCCGCAGACUUGGCAGUGAUGAGGAUCUGAUGAUCACCAGUAUUGAUCCAGAUGGAAAGCAUGCUAUGAUGAUUCCGUUAGAUGUUUUACAUGACACGGUGAGUAGAGAGAAUGACGAAGCCAGGGAGUUCGGUGCAGGAGGGGGGGAUAAUGGUUUGAGGAAACCCGAACAUGUCUGGGCUGGUGUUCAAAUUAGGGUGGAGCGGGCAUGGGAUGUACAGGUUACAAAAAAAGAGGUUCCUGGGAGCGCCUAG